AUGGCAACAAAAGCAAAACCGGUAACUGCUGCUGGGAAGGAGAAGAAGACAUCUUCUCUAAUUUCAAGCUUCAGAAGAACCACAAAAUCAUCCACGGCAACAGCAACCGCCACAACAAACAAGACCACCACCACCACCACUACUACGGCCAACAAGACCACCACCACUACUACCACCACAACCGCCACGCCUUCAACAUUAGAGAGAAACAAAUCCGUUGGCAGUAGCAACAGCAGCAGCAAUAGUAGUAGCUUGGUUUAUCCUAAGGCAACAUUUCGCUCAAGCCUUGAUUAUGCUUCCACAUUCAAGGAUGGUAGUAGUCCUCUUGGUCCUAAUAAAUCUGACGCAAUUACUCGAAGAAGAUCUUUUGAACCUAGACUGACACCUACCUCUUCGCCAUCGUCCAGUCCGGCCAAACUACAAGUUUCGAGCACUACUACUAGAGUUCAGAAAGCACUUGUUUCUCCCGGCCGUCCUAGGGAUACUAGUACUUCAAAAAGUACUAGUAUCCCUUCGCCAAGACCGGCUUCUGAUAAAACAUCCUCUAGGAAUAUUCCUAGAGAUGUUAAACAGAAGCCGGUUUUGACGAAGAGUGGUGGUUCUUCUGUUAAGCCCAAGCCUGGGAAGGUUGUUUCUGCUGAAGCUUCUUCGGAGGUGUCUGAUGUUGAAGCAGAGGAAGUUAAAGAACUGGUUGAAGUAGUUAAACAGGAGAAUCAUGAUGAUGUUGAGGUUGAUGAGCUUCUUCUUCUACCUGAUCAUCCAGAUGUUCUUCAAAAUGAAGAGGAGCAGAUUCUAGAAGGUGGUGCCCCUGACCUAGAUGAUUUUGGUGAUGAUGAGAGGGUGAUUUCUACGGUGUCUGAAGAACUCAAGGAAGAGUCAUCACCACCACAAGAGGAAGAGAACACAAACAAGAAUGAUAAUGAUCAAGAAGAUCCUCAUGUCUUCGUGGCUGAAGAAGAUUCUUCUUCAGCCACGAAGGAGGCGGUGGUUGUGGUUAUGGAAGAACCUGAAAAGGAACUUGGAGUGAUAGAAGAAGAUCAAGAAAGCGAGACAAACGAGGAGGAAAGGAAAUUGGAAGAGAAGAACAUGAAACUACUAAUUCAGGGAGGAGCAAGUGAAAGUGAAGAAGAAGCAGUUGAAGUGAUCAAAGAAGAAGAACCAAAACCACACAAAAAAGAACAACAACAACAACAACAACAACACAUAAGGGAAAUAAUAGUAAGCGGGCAUGGAAGGAAAGAAUCUCAAUUAUCAAACGAAGUGAUUGAAGAAACUGCUACCAAGUUGAUGGAGGAAAUGAACAAGGUUAGGGCAUUGGCGGGUGCAUUCCAAACUGUCAUAGAUAAUCAAACCGCCAGGAAAAAGUGA